AUGGACUAUAAGAAAAUUACGGAUGAAGUUUCAGAAAAAAUUUUAUCAUACAGUCAAGAUACUUCAGGAUGGAGAGUGAUAAAAGUUUCAAAAAAUGUUACAGUUUCUUCAAAGCCUUCAAAAGAGUAUGCAGGAAAUAUAUACCGUGGAGAAGGGAUAAUUAAGGAAGUCCCUAGUAAAAUUAUUCCUUUUAUGUAUCUUCCUGAAUAUCGAAACAAAUGGGACAAAGCAUUACAAUCUUACAAGCUGUUAGAAAGGAUUGACCAGGACACUGGUAUAUACCACAGUGUAACACACAGUUAUGGUAUGGGACUGAUUUCAUCAAGAGACUUUGUUGACCUGCUGCAUGUUAAACCAUAUCCUGGUGAUAUCCUUACAACUAACUCGGUCAGUGUGGAAUACUCCAGCUGCCCUCCAACUCCCUCUUGUGUCCGAGGCUAUAACAAUCCCUGUGGAUACGUGUGUUCACCUUUGCCUGAGAAUCCAGAGCAUUCUAAGCUAGUUGUAUUUAUUCAGCCAGAACUAGGAGGAAUGCUCCCAGGUUCUGUAGUGGAGACAGCAUUACCUACUACUCUCAUAAACUUAAUCACAGAAACAAGAGCUGGACUGAAAGGCUUGAAAGACCAUAAUUAAAUGUAAGUGGAAAAUAAUAAGCGCUUAAGUCACAUGCAUCUUUUACUUGGAUUCAUUUUUAAAGUAGAUGAUGAAGUUUAAUUGCGGUUUAUGUGGAAAUGUAUAAAGCUUAACUGUUAAAAUGGUGAAUGCUGGUUUUCUCUGUUCUUGGGAAUGAUGCAAGAAUUUACACUGAAGUACCCUCAAAGUACAGGAUGUUGCUUUCAAUGUAAUCAGGUGAUGUUUUGUAAUAUUUUUGCACUUUAUAUGCAGAGAAUAUACACACACACACGAGAAUCCGGUGAUAUAAAUUAUAGCAAUGUUAAAAUACAGUAGUCAAAUAUUUUUGCUAUAGCUUUAAACACACUUCGAUAAAUUUUUACCUCAAUUAUGUACUCUUGACUGAAACAAGCAAACAUCUUGUGUACUAGAGACUUUAAACACAUUUAUUAACUGUAAGUGUGCAAGUGUAAUUAGCAACGAUUUCACUGUUUUGGAAUUAAAUAUUUGAAGAAAAGCCUGGUGAAUUUGUAUAUAGCAACUCAUUAAAAGCUGCUCUUUAUGCA